AUGUUCUCAAGAGUGGCUUUCUCGUCGGCAUUCCGACCGCUUUCGCGGCCACAGUCGCUGCCGCUACGACCCUAUGGUUUUCAGUUACCAUCUGCCCUUUACGCUCGACUACUCUCAUCUGAGACGAAAUCGGCCAUUGAUAAAGCCAUUGCAUCUGCCCCGGUUGUCCUUUUCAUGAAGGGUACCCCCGAGACUCCUCAGUGUGGCUUCUCGCGAGCAAGUAUCCAGAUCUUGGGCUUGCAAGGGGUGGAUCCCAAGAAGUUUGUCGCAUUCAACGUGCUGGAGGAUGCUGAAUUGCGUCAGGGUAUCAAAGAAUACUCCGACUGGCCAACCAUCCCACAGUUAUACUUGGAUAAGGAGUUUGUUGGUGGCUGUGAUAUUCUAAUGUCUAUGCAUCAGAAUGGGGAACUUGCAAAAUUGCUUGAAGACAAGAAUGUUCUGGUGGCGGCUGACUAA